AUGCUGGGUAGAAAUUUCUUUCAUGAUCUACUCAGCUUCUUCUGCUUCUCCAUACAUUUAUUUGGUGGGUUACUUAGAACAGCAGAAUCAGCGUAUCUUUAUCACUACUGUUUAGGUGGUAAUUACGUUCCAACAACUACAUAUCAAACCAAUCUCAACAGUCUUCUCUUUACACUAUCCAGUUCUAUUACAAUCAACAACGGAUACAACAACGCGACUGUCGGUGAAACACCUGAUACAGUUUACGGGUCUUACCAAUGUAGAAAAAAUAUUGAUACAAAUACAUGCCAACAAAGUUGUGUUCGACCAGGUUUUAAUGAGCUUGCAUUAUUGUGUCCUAAUUCUUAUGAAGCCAUUAUAUGGUAUCAUAGAUGCACGUUAAGGUACGCUAAUAGAUCAUUCUUCGAAAUCAUGGAAGACGAACCAUCCUAUACACUGAUCGUGAACAACGAGUUGAACAACAACCUUUCUAACCCACAUCAGUUUACUAAAGCAUUAGUCGGUUUGGUUGAAGAUCUUUCAAGAAAAGCCACGCUUGUUACUGGUCAUGAUUCUGGUUCAGGUUCAGGUGCAGGUGCUGGUCGGACUUGGUUAUUUGCUACCGGGAAAAGAAAUUUUUCGGCAUCUGAUGGAGAUAAAAUCUACGGGUUAAUACAAUGUGAUUCAGUUAUAACACCAAAGAGUUGCAGAACAUGUCUUGAAAAGAUUAAGGUUGAUGCGGGGGUAGAUUGUUAUGGGAAGAGAAAUGGAGAAAUUAUGCGACCUAGUUGCUAUCUUCGGGAGUCCAGUCUUUUUAUUUUGCCUUGCUUAAGAGUUUUCAACACUGAAUUUCAUGUUGCAGGAAAGAUAAAGACAUCAUCAAUGAUUACUAUCGCUAUAGUGAUUAGUGUAGUUGUUAUAGCAAUUAUAAUGACAACCAUUAUCCGAAUGCAAUUAACUACUGCUACAAAUGGACAUUACUUAGAUGAAGAUGUGGAUGAUAUGGCAACAGCUGAGUCCUUGCAAUUUAAUUUCACCACGAUUAAAGCUGCAACAAACAACUUUUCGGAGGCUAAUAAACUAGGCCAAGGUGGUUUUGGUUCUGUUUACAAGGGUGCACUUCCAAGUGGGCAAGAAAUAGCAGUGAAAAGGCUUUCUAGCAGUUCAGGUCAAGGAGAAGAAGAAUUCAAGAAUGAGGUGCUUUUGGUAGUAAAACUUCAACACAGGAAUCUUGUUAGACUUCUUGGCUUCUGUUUACAGUUGGAAGAAAAACUACUCAUUUACGAGUUCAUGCCAAAUGCAAGCCUCGAUCAAUUCAUAUUCGAUCCGGUCAAACGUAAACGGUUAGAUUGGGAAAGACGAUACAAGAUUAUAGAAGGAAUCUCUAGAGGUCUUUUAUAUCUCCAUGAAGAUUCGCGACUUAGGAUUAUUCAUCGAGAUCUCAAGCCUAGCAAUGUAUUAUUAGAUGCGGAUAUGGAGCCAAAAAUUGCAGAUUUUGGCAUGGCUAGGAUGUUCAAGUUUGAUCAACUUCAAGCUAGUACAAAAAGAAUUAUGGGAACAUAUGGAUAUAUGGCUCCAGAAUAUGCAAUGCGAGGGCACUUCUCAGUCAAAUCAGAUGUCUUUAGCUUCGGAGUGUUAGUCCUAGAGAUUCUUAGCGGAAAGAGGAUCAACUCUUUCCACGAAUCAAAAGGCGUCGACGACCUUCUAACUUAUGCAUGGGCAUUGUGGAAGAAAGGGACGGCUUUAGAACUGUUAGAUCCAACACUGAAGGAGAAUCAUUCGAGAGGGGAAGUGAUGAGAUGUAUCCACAUAGCAUUAUUAUGUGUUCAAGAAGAUAUGGCAGAUAGACCUACAAUGGCAGCCAUCAUUCAAAAGCUCACCAACUUCUCAGUUAGUCUCCAAUUACCCACAUCACCACCUACGUAUUUUGUGAAAAAGAAAGGUGAAACAUCUACGUCUUUUGGUGAUACUGUCGAUGAAGAACAGUAUACUGUCAAUGAUGCAUCAAUUACCCAAUUGCACCCUAGAUAA